AUGGCUCAGGGUUCUUUGAAGAAAAACAAGCCCUCCACUGCGACGGCAAAGCGAUCCUCGCUUCUCGCUUCCAAAACCAGACCCGGUCCGAGACAGAUUGCCCCCAAAAAGGCUUCGCUGGUGAAGGCGGCGAAGUUGAACAAGAAACUCUGCUCCGGUCUCGUCGGCAAAACCGAACGCAGUCUUGCGACCAAGGCGGGUCACUUGGAGUUGUUGGCUGGAGGCAAGAAGGACAGACUCAACAAGGAGAAAGAGAAGAACAAGAACCUGAGGAAAUAA